ACCACGUUCAUUGAAUGAAUGAUCCAUACAUAAACGCAUGACUGUCACCUCAAAUCUCUCUAUCCCUCCCACACAUGCACAAAAUGACGGUGUUGACAACGUCGUUGACAGCAAAGAAGCCAAGCCUUACAAUACACCACAAACAGCAACACGCAUGCAGGCAGACGCGAGCGGAUUGCUCGGAUUGCCGCCACUGCACACGUAAGUACGGAUGAACCUACCUACCUACCUACGCGCACUACAUAUUUUGAGCCCUUGUAUCGACUCAAAUCACACCAGGCCACCACACACAAGGGCCAGCCUCCACUAAACAGUAUACGCGUUCGCCAGGAGAAAAAAACACGCAGGACAACGCACACACCCACAUAAGAGAGGGGGACAUGUUCACACACGCCCCUGCCUCUCCUGCCUUCCCUUCGGCCCUCCCUCCCUCCCUCUCUCUCUGUCCCUCUGGAUCGAUCCUACCAGUCAGCUACGCACCAACAGCGGGGUUGUCCAAGUCACCGGCUGGCCGUUCAAAAGUGCCCCUUGUCCUGUCGUGAUGGUGGUCAUGACCGGCGGGCUGGUCCUGGGUGCGACGGAAGGCACGGCCUGCUGGAAGCGGAUCGUCAUGGUGUUCCUCUUGCCGGUAUUGGCGAUGUACCUGUCGCCAACCACAGAAGCCGGAUGCCAAUCAAGCACACCGUGCACGCGGUAUGUAUUUGUGUACCUGCCCCUGAUAUGCGACUGCCAGCUCUCAUCGAACCUUCCGGUGACGUCCACAUGAAGGUUGCCAUUGAUGGCCUUCUCGCCCCACGACACUUCCCCGGUCGUCGCGUUGAAGAAGCCCUCCACCCUGAAGGCUCCGUCUGCGUCACUUCCCUCGCCGCUCAGAGUGCCGUCGUACUCGAACGUGAGCAUAUAGGUGGUGAUAAAAGUCUGGUGGUUCUCGGUGUACGUUCCAAUCCACUUGCCAGACUCAGGGGGCGUGGCUGUCGGUUCUGGCUUGAUACGCUUCUGCCGGUUGUUGGCGAGCCAGAUGGGCCUGUGCCACAUCACAUACUUGACGAUGAGAAUGAUGGCGAACACCAAGAUGGCACUGAUGAGGAAGCCGGUGUCGCUCCCAGUUGAUAUCACGUAUAUUCCUCCACCACCGCCGCCCCCUCCUCCCUUCCUAAGGCCGCCGUCCGCAUCCACAAGGAGCAUCGCAGUGGUAAGUAGCACCAGAGGACGGCCGGUCGAGAGGGGCAGCAUCGCCGGCUCUUCGGCUUGAGAGGUUCCUUGAUGAGGUAGACAAGCUUGUUGGACGUGGCAGCCGCCCUGGGACAGCUGUCGGCGCGAGGGGAGAGAGAAAAGAGAGAUCUCGGGGCGAUAGAUGCGAUGAUGAAGAUGGCAGAUCCAUUACUGGCGGCCACUCCUUGUCACAGUCUGGCUGGA